AUGGCGGACAACACCCACUCUGAACAACACUACCACCACCACCACCAGCAUGAUGAGAGCGGCUCAAAACCUUACUCCCCACGCAGCAUGGAAGUAACCACGCGCUCGGACCUCUCAUUCCUGUACCGCGUGCUGCGCGCCGUGAUCAAACCGCUCCGUCCGCGUCUCGUGCGGCCUAGCGGCGGCGGCUCAGGCCAGACGGCGGGGUCGCCGCGUCUGUCGCCGCCGACGCGAAAGGGGAAGCGAUGGCCCGAGAUCGCCGAGACGCAGUGUGAAGGAGUGUGGAUGUAUCGGUUCCGCGCGGUGGGGAGGAAAGGGAAAGGGAGUGUCGGAAGGGUAAGGGCGCAAGCGGUAGGAGACGCCGAAGUCUCUGCCGCUGCUGGUAGUGGUGGACGGCAGCAUGGAGAGACGACGACGACGACGACGACGACGACGACAUCUCCACCGACCUCCAGCCACAGACAUCACCACCACCACCACCGCAUCUACUACUUCUGUGGUGGCGGGUUCCAGUCUCCUCCUGCGCCCGAGCACUGGCGGUUCCUGGCACAGCUCACGCACGACCUUGACCUUGAACCCGCGAGGCACCAUUCCAACAAUGGGCCAGUGGUCGACAACGACAAUGACAACGACAAUAGCUAUCAACACGCCCAGGACCUGCAUCCAGACACAGAGAUCGAGUUGGUGUUGGUCAGUUACCCAUUAGCGCCGACGAAUCCGGCGAGUGAGAGUUUGCGGAUCCUCCGAACGUGGUUCGCAAAGGUCAUGGACGAGGCGGUCGAGAGGGGGCACACGCUGAGCCUGAUGGGCGACAGUAGUGGUGGGAACGUCGUGCUAAGUUUGGGGUUCUGGGCCGUGCAGCAUUAUGGAGUCACACAGUCAGAGCAGCAGCAGCAGCAAGUACCUUGCAGAGCAGAGUCACCGAGCGCCGACGACGACGGCGACGAAAACAGACCUGACCAUCGAGGAACCGGUGCUCGAAGGACGAGCAAUUUCCCACUCAGGUCGUUAAUCAGCAUCUCCGGUCCCACGGACCUGACGAACAGCAACCCGGAGAUUCGCACGGCGGACAAGCUCGACUGCGUGCUCACGGCGGCGAUGACGCGAGAAGUCGCCGAAGUGUGGACGGGAAACGUGGACAAGAGGACGUCGACCAAGAACCAGAAGAACGGCCCUUCCUCCCCGUCGCACGACCCGACACCGCUCGCCGACCCCAGCGUCUCGCCCCUCCUCAACCCGGACGCCGCCUUCCACGCCCUCAGGGGUCGCGGGGUCGCCGUGCACGGGGUCGUGGGCACGCACGACGUGCUGGCGCCAGACGCGGUGGAGUUCAUGCGCAAGUGCCGCCGACUCGGCGUGAGGGGGCGCUGGUUGGUCUGGGACGGCCAAAUGCACUGUUUCCCGCUGGCGGGCGGCAGGCUUGGGAUCAGAGAAGGGAGUGAAGGGCGGGAGUUUGUGGUGGGUGUGAUUCGGAGGGAUUGUGGGUUGGGAAGAUAG